AUGAAGGGCUUUGUUGGCGGAAUCCCUAUUGCGCUGCUUGCAGUUGCUGCUCAGGCUAAGUUCAUCGAGCAUCAAGAGCAUGGCUUCGUGCCCCAAGCUGGCGGCACCGCCAUGGGUGGUCCCUCCGGCGACGACAGCGAUGGUGGCUUCAUCAGCCCAUACUCUGCCAACGUUAAGACCAACACCCAGGUCAACGAGUACAGCAAGGAUGACCACCAUGUUAACUUGAAGCACACUGAUGUGUUCCCUCCUCACCAUGUUCACUUUGGUCCCCCUGUGGCUGUCAAGAACGGUCCUCAGGUCCCUGGCAUGGGCCCCUUUGUGGAGCGUCCUCAGGUCCCCGGCGAGGGCCCCUUCAAGAAGCGUGGCACUCCCGGUGGCACCGCCAUGGGUGGCCCCUCUGGCGACGACGAGGGACAGGUCUUCAACAUGCCCAUUACCGGCAUCUUCCAGACUGAGGUCAACGACUACAACAAGGAUGAUCACUCGGUUGCUGUGAAGGACACCCACGUCCACCCUGCUCCAGUCCACGUUGUUCACCCUCCUCCCCAGUUCCACGGACCUCCUCACGGAUACCACGGUCGUCCCGCUGGCCCUCCUUCUGCGGCCUUCAAUGCUCCUCCCUCUACAUUCGAGAAGCGUUGGGGACCUGAGGAAGAGGGAGGUACCGCUAUGGGUGGUCCCGGUGGUGGCUCUCACCACGGCCCCGCUGGCUUCCCUCACCCCCACGGCGGCACUGCUAUGGGUGGUCCCUCCGGUGAUGAUGAUGGCAUCAGCUUCAGCAAGCCUGUCACCGGUCACUUCAAGACCAGUGUGAACGAGUAUAGCAAGGACGAUCACUCCAUCGAUCUCAAGCACAAAGACGUCUACGCUCCUCGGUUCCCUCCCUGGGGUGCUCCUUUCAAGCGCAGCUGGGGACCAGAGCAUGAGCAGGGCGGCACCGCCAUGGGUGGCCCCUCUGGAAACGACGGUGGCCAGGAGUUCAACGCUCCCAUCACCAUCGACACCGACACUGAUGUCAACGAGCACUACGAGGAUGACCACUCCAUUGAUCUCAAGCACAAGGAUAUUUACGCUCCUCCUCCUCCCUUUGGCGGACCCGGCCCUGUUGUUUUCGGUGCUCACCCUCCUUUCCGCCGUGCCUACUCUCCCAACCGUGAGGCUGGCGGUGGUACUGCCAUGGGUGGUCCCUCCGGUGAUGAUGAUGGAACAUCUUUCUCGGACCCCACCAACAUCGAUGUGACCACCGGUGUCAACGAGCACCACGAGGAUAACCACGCCGUCAAGGGUGACUUCACUCACGUUCACCCUAAUGUUCACCCCUACUGGGACGACUACGAGGAGGCUCCCUACUCUUAUGAGUCUCCCCCUGCCCCCGUUGAGUAUCCCGUCACCGAGAACUUCCCGACUUCUCCCAAGGGACACCCCGCUCCCCCAGCAGAGGUCUCCGAGAGCCAUCCCGCUCCUCCUGCCCCCCACGCGGAGAAUCCCCAGGCCCCCACUGAGGCUUCCCCCUCUGCUCCUCCCAUGGCUCCCGCUCCUGCCGUCGCUGAAGCUCCUCCCCGUGAGGAUCACCAGGAGUGCGCCGCCAAGGUCCACGAGGUUGUCCGCACUGUGACUAAGACCCAGUACAAGACCGUGGAGGCCACCCCCGAGUACAAGCAGUCUGUCCCUACCAGCGCUGUGCCUAUGGCCGCUACCCCCCAGAUGUCUGCCCAGGUUGACCCCAAGGUGUUCUCCAAUGCCAUCUCAGCCUCUGCCCCUGCUUCAUCCGCUGUGCGCUCCUACGCCCCCUACUCCUACGCCUCCGAGCGUCCCAUGAGCCAGAGUGCUCCAUACUCCAUGAUUUCUGUGCACGUCCCCAUGGCCACCCCUGCUUCAUCUUCAUACGCCAUGGCUACCCCCUCCAGCAGCAUGGCCAAGAUGAUGCCCACUGGUGUUGAUGCUCUGUCCCACGGAUCCCAGUCUUCCGCAGCCGCUUCUCCGUCUGCCUCCGUACACGCCACCAUGUUCGAGGGUGGUGCCGCCCGUCUCUCUGGAGGUCUCUUCUCCGCUGCCGCCGGUGUCAUGGGUGUGCUUGCCUUCAUCCUCUAG